AUGACCGCUCUUUGGAAAGGACUGCUAUUCUCGGCUUUUGCUGCUGGCGUUGCUGCUGCUGAGUUUCCAGAUUGCAGAAAUGGCCCUCUCGCAAACAAUACUGUCUGUGAUACAGAUGCAUCGGUUGCAGAUCGAGCAAAAGCACUGGUAGCAGUUUUGACCAUCGACGAAAAGUUCAACCUGACCGGGAACACCUCUCCAGGAGUGCCCCGAUUGGGGCUUCCAGCAUAUCAGUGGUGGCAGGAGGCACUGCACGGAGUAGCGAGUAGCCCUGGGGUGAACUUCAGCGUAUCAGGAGACUUCUCGCAUGCUACCUCAUUCCCGCAGCCCAUCACAAUGGGAGCAGCUUUCGACGACGCACUCAUCAACGCUGUAGCAACUGUCGUUAGCACAGAAGCACGCGCUUUCAACAACGUCAACCGAUCAGGCCUGGACUUCUGGACACCGAAUAUCAAUCCAUACAAAGAUCCACGAUGGGGUCGCGGGCAGGAAACCCCCGGCGAAGAUCCGUUUCACUUGAAGUCUUACGUGGCUGCUCUAAUCGAUGGACUUCAAGGAGGCUUCGAUCCACCAAUCAAGAAGGUGAUAGCCACUUGCAAGCAUUUUGUGGCGUACGAUCUCGAGGUCUGGGAGGAUACAGACCGAUACAGCUUUGAUGCAAUUGUAUCAGCUCAAGACCUGGCAGAAUACUACUUUCAACCAUUCCAAACUUGCGCCCGGGAUGCUGCCGUUGGAUCGAUUAUGUGUUCAUAUAAUGCCCUCAAUGGCGUACCUACGUGUGCUGAUCCAUAUAUCCUACAAACCAUUCUGAGAGACCAUUGGAACUGGACAGGAGAUGGCUACUAUGUGACUUCCGAUUGUGAUGCCAUUCAAAACAUCUAUGCGCCACAUUACUAUACUCCGACACGAGAGCAGGCGGUUGCAGAUGCACUGAUCGCUGGGACGGAUCUGAACUGUACUCACCUUCCAGAUGCCUAUGAUCAAGGUUUGUUCAACGAAACCGUGAUCGAUCAGACCAUCACGCGGCUUUACUCUGGCCUUAUCAAAUUGGGAUAUUUCGACCCCCCAUCUACUACUCCAUAUCGUUCUCUUGGAUGGGCCAACGUUUCGACGCCUGAUGCCGAGGCCCUGGCCCUCAGAGCUGCCGAAGAAGGCAUGGUACUGCUCAAGAAUAACGGCUUCUUACCACUAUCUUUGCCCGCCGAUCGGAACACCACCAUCGCUGUCCUUGGUGGAUGGGCAAAUGCGACAACUAGGAUGCAAGGGAACUAUUUUGGUGUAGCUCCAUACCUCCAUGCGCCAUUGUAUGCAGCUCAACAGCUCCCUAAUGUCAACGUCAAGUAUGGCGGUGGGUUUGGGGUUCCGACAACUGACGGUUGGGACGAAUUACUCACUGCUGCUGAAGCGGCUGACAUUAUUGUCGUGGCAGACGGUAUUAGUACCAGCGACGAAUCUGAGAGUAAAGAUCGAUAUAAGAUCGGUUGGCCUCCUGCAUCGAUUGACGUUAUUAACCAGUUCGCGGCGAUGGGCAAACCAGUUAUCCUCGCGCAAUUUGGUACGCAGCUCGAUAACAGUCCAUUCUUGAGACACCCAAACAUUUCUGCAAUUAUAUGGGGUGGUUACCCUGGCAUGGCCGGCGGUGAUGCUCUCUUCAACAUCAUUACCGGGAAGACGAGUCCUGCUGGACGACUUCCAAUCACUCAAUAUCCUGCUGAAUACGUCGAACAAGUUCCCCUUACGGACAUGAAUCUCAGGCCUAAUUCGACAUCGGGAAAUCCUGGCAGAACUUACAAGUGGUAUGAUAACGCCGUCGUUCCGUUUGGCUACGGACUGCACUAUACGAAUUUCAGCACCUCAAUUAUUGAGCCAAGUCAGUCCAGCUAUGAUAUCUCGUCGUUGAUUGCCAAUUGUAGUGGUGGGGUCUCCCAAUAUCUUGACCUCUGCCCCUUUGCAUCCAUACAGGUCAAUGUGACCAACAGCGGUGAAGUUGCAUCGGAUUUUGUUACGCUAGGAUUCAUCGCAGGACAAUACGGUCCCGCCCCUUACCCCAUCAAACAACUUGUGGCUUACCAGCGGUUGUUCGAUAUUUCUGGCGGAGGAAGCUCGACAGCAACACUGAACCUGACACUUGGAAGUCUCUCGAGAUAUGACGAGGACGGCAGCCAAGUGUUGUACCCAGGAGAAUAUAGCUUGCUGGUCGAUGUACCUACACAAUCCGUCUUGCAUUUCACCUUGACUGGUGCUCAGGCAGUGUUGGACCAAUGGCCUCAGAACCCAGGCAUUUGA